AUGUUCUGUGAAACUUGUAUAGAUUUCUUCAGAACAUUAGGGGAGGCUUCAACAGAAAGUGAAUUCAAAUCCGAAGAUACAUUCCCAAUUACAGGAUUAUUCGAACACCAUACUACUGAUGAUGCCUUCAAGCGGGCGCUUGACACAGGCUGUAUUCUAUGCAAGAAAUUGAGGGAAAAUCUAAGUUACGAAGCUCUUGACCUAGAUGGUGAUAAACUUGCAGCUUUCAGAUUGGUUUGUUCGUGGUAUCAGACGGGCCCUAAAUCAGGUUUUGAUGUCGUAUGUUCCGUGGAUGGGUUUACAAAGACUUCCCACAUUUCUCUUAUGCCAGUUAAUCCUCCUGAAGAUCGACUAUUGCUACCUGAUUACCACGAAACUACCAACACAGGCACUGAUGCUUGCUUUGCACUUGCUAACCAUUGGCUAAAGACAUGCCUAAGUUCGCAUCAAGGCUGUAAGCAUCUUCGCCCCUCGUCAUUGAAAGCUUGGACACCAAGUCGCUUGAUUCGUAUCAGAGGUGUUGAUGAUUUGGUUUUGUGUUUACGCCAAAUGGGGAGCAUUCCUAUAGGGGUAGAGUACGCCACAUUAUCUCACUGUUGGGGCAAAAUCCCAGCGACUCAGAGGUUGGUAUUAACAAGUAAAAAUGUCAGUUCAUGGACGCGAGGAAUGCCUGACCUCAAAAUUAUGAAAACAUUUGAUCACGCAAUUAUCAUUUGUCGAAAACUUGGACUGGAAUAUAUCUGGAUCGAUUCUCUGUGCAUUCUUGAAGACUCUCGGGAUGAUUGGUAUCAGGAGGCAUCGCUCAUGAGCACGGUGUAUAAGUAUUCCAAGUUUACUAUUACUGCCACAGCGGCCAUUGAUGAUACUGUGGGAUGCUUCUUUGAUCGUGAUUUGAACAUCUGUCUGCCCACUAGAGUAGAAUUUCUCAAGAAUCAGAUAUGUUUCCUUGGCGCCAGCAAACAAUCAAUGACUAAAUCCAAUAUUUUUCUAGAUGAUUCUAGGUCUACGCUUCUGCGAGGUCGUUAUGACAUUCAAGAAUGGUCAACCUGGACCCAGCGAAUCAGUAAUGCCCCUGUAAGCAAACGCUCUUGGGUUCUUCAAGAGCGUCUUCUUAGCCCGCGAGUUCUUCAUUUUUCAGACAGACAGCUCUUCUGGGAAUGUGCAAAGCUCCAAGCCUCAGAGUCGUUACCAUUCGGAAUGCCCGAGGAUGCAAAUGCACAUUUCAAAACCCUAAGCCCCUGUAGAUAUCAGGGUCAAUAUUUCACUGAUCUCGAUUUCGAGGGAGAAACGUUGUUACAAAAGCAUCGGCAUUUGGAAUAUGCUUCUCUGACUUGGAAAUCAGCAAUAAUCACUUAUACAAAGGGGAAAUUGACUAAAAGCUCCGACAAACUCGCUGCGAUUUCCGCCAUAGCGAGAGAGCUCCAGCCCUUGAUGCGAUGUCGAUAUCUGGCUGGUCUUUGGGAAUCCGCUCUUGUAUUCCGGCUAGCAAGGUAUAGUUACACAGACAGCUAUCCAUCGAUGAUGUAUCGAGCACCAUCGUGGUCUUGGGCUUCAAUUGAUGGGUCGAUUAUGUUUCAUCCUUGGAGUACUCUUGAAUCCUUUGAUCCGCUGAUAGAGAUCCUCAAAGUGGUUACAGAUCUUGUCGGCGGAGAUGAGUUUGGUCAAGUCAAAGGCGGCCAUCUGAAACUUCUGGGACAAGCGAUCGAUUUUGAAAUCAUUCUCGAUAUGGCCGAGCACAGAGAGAUAAUCCAUAUCAAUGGUCAACCCACCAUUUUAUGUCUAACAAAGGAUGAUAAGAACAUGGGAAUCGGGGUUUCAACAAAAAAGUUUUGCUGUCUGCCUCUCUAUCUAAAUUUGAGCUUCCCACAAGGAUUCAGCAGCCUUAUCCUCGAACGUGUUGAUAUCGAUAAUGAGGUGUAUCGACGUGUAGGAACAUUAAGCACUUCGUACUUUCUCCCUGAGAAAAUCGUGACGGCGUUUCGAGAAGACCCAAUACUGUCCAUUAUUGGUGAUAUCGAAAAAUCAAAAGACGGUUCACUGGCCUUCAAAAGGGGGUCUGCAGAUUUGCGAGAGGUUGUAAUAGUGUAG